AUGACAGUGAAUAUGAAAUUUAUACAAUUGAAUCAACUUAGAAAUUUUCGUUUAAAAAUUUCUUUACGUACUUGUUUACCAAAAAAUCAUAAUGAUAUAACCGAAGAUCAAAUAUUUAUGCGCACAGAUGAAUGUCAUAUAUAUAUUUAUUAUGAAAGAAUAGAUGGGCGAAAACGAUUAUGUUUCUUAAAUCGAACAUUUGAAUGUAUUCGAUCUUAUUCAAUUGAUAAAUGUUUUCAAACUGAUGCACAUAUUCGUUCACAUGAUAAUGGUUUUGUUUUUGGUCUUGUUAUUAAUCAAGAACAUGUUGUUUUAUUUGUUCGAUGGGCAAUAGAUGACGAUUUAGCAGUUAUGAUCUUUUGUUAG